AUGAUUAAAGUCAGAAAUGUGUUUAUAAAAUUAAAGUAUAAGAAAAUAUUUUUGGGGAUAAUCUUUAUAUUAUCUAUAAUAUACGUUCAACUACAUGACACAUUUAGUAUAUAUGACAACCUACCACAAAUUAUCAUUAAUAAUUCAGUAAUACCAAAAAGUAAUUCAAAUAGAGCUGAUGAUUCCAUAUAUUCGUUUUACAAAUUUCUUUUCCAACAUAUCAAAGAGAGUCCAUUGAAUGACUACAAGAACAACCCUUUGAUAUUAGAUCAAUUGAAUGAUCAAUGUUUAUUACAAAAUGAUAUUACAUUUGAUGCUACAUCGAAAGAACAAUUAUCUACAGUUUCCUACAAUAAUUUGAAAAAUUGUUAUAGUUUACAAGAACAUGAUUUCAAAAAAAUUUCUAAAAGUCAACUUGAAUAUAUAAAUAAAUGUGUCACUAAAUUAUCUAAAAAGAAAAAAAGUUACACCGAUAUAUUAUUCCCCAAGGGAAGAGGAAUCGUGACUGUUGGUGGUGGGAAAUAUUCUCUAUUAGCUUAUCUCAUGAUUAAAUUAUUAAGAGAAAAGGGAACUACUUUACCAGUGGAAGUUGUCAUUCCACCAAGUGAUAAAGAGAUGUAUGAUGAUACUUGGCUUUGCAACGAUGUGUUGCCAACAUUAAACGCCAAAUGUAUCUAUUUUACGGAUAGAUUACCUGCAGAAAUCUUACAGGAUUUAGAUAUUCAUGGUUUUCAAUACAAGAGUUUAGCUAUUUGGAUUUCAAGUUUUAAGAAAACUCUUUUUUUGGAUUCAGAUAAUUUUCCACUCAAAGACCUUGACAACGUUUUUGAUACACCAGCAUUUGAAGAGGUAGGUCUAAUAUUUUGGCCAGAUUUAUGGAGAAGAACCAUUCCACCUGAUUUCUACGACAUUUCUAACAUUAAAUAUGAUUUGAAGAAAAGGGUUAGAUAUGUUCAAGAUGAUUUAUCUUCAGUUCCUCUAUAUGAUAAAGAUAAUAGUGUGAAGGAUUAUGAGUAUAACAUCCCAUUCCAUGACUUGGAUGGGACUAUUAGUGAUCCCUCUACAGAGACAGGUCAAAUGUUAGUAGAUAAAGAGACGCAUUUUGAAACAUUAUUAUUAUCCAUAUUUUUCAAUUAUUUUGGAUUUGCCAUCUAUUAUGAUAUGUUUUCUCAAGCAGGCGCAGGGAUUGGAGACAAAGAUACAUUCAUUGCUGCUGCUCAUGUUUUGGGGCAACCAUACUAUCAAGUUAAAACCCCACCUGAAUUUGAUGGGUUUUGGCACCCCACAAUGGGGUUCCAAGGUCUUGCACUUUUACAACAUGAUUUUAAUCAAGAUUAUAAGAAUUAUCAAGUCGCAAGGAUUGAAGCUAAAGGUGAUGAUGCAAAAUAUGAAAAUUACAUCACUGAUUAUAAUUUGAAAAAACAUUUCGAAGAAGAUAUGAUGGAUAUAAACAAUAUAGAUGUCAUGUUUGCUCAUUAUAGUUUGCAUAAGGCAGAGCCCAUGUCAUUAUUAGAAGGUCAAUUAUAUUUUGACCAAAAUGGUAAACCAUUAAAGGGUCUAUACAAAAAUGACAAAUAUGGUAUGAAUUUAGAAUAUUACAUCUUUAACACUUUACAUGAAUUUUUAUGUCCAAGUCCAGAAGAUAAAGAAUUUCAAAGGGAAGCAAAUGAUAAAAAUACAAAUAUAAACACUAGGUUGUCUAUAUCUGCCACGAAUACAACUCAGCAAUUAGGAUUUUAUAGAGGGCAAGUUAAUACUAAUAAUUGGGAUUUCAUGUGUGUUUUUUUAAGGACUCGUACUAGAUUUCUUCAUUCUUCGAAAAAGAAAAAAUCCAAAUCGAAGUUUUUAUAG